AUGUCACUCCCAUCUGUGGCGCGAAUCUGUGUAAAAUUGGAUCUUCUCAAGGAGCAUUCUAUUCGAAUCAGGCUGGGCGUUGAAGCUUCAUCUACGCAAGGGCUUCAACAACAAAAACAUCAAUCAAAAGAUAAACAACCAGUAGAGCAAGAUUUGCACAACUCGGAUUUGCACAACUCGGCGCUGAAAACAGGUGAAAAACCUUCGGAAACUCAAAUUCUGGAGGAAAAUCCGCCCUUACCUGAUGUUGCGCCGGUCAAUCCUGUUGCAAACCCGGUUGUGCAGGUUAUCCCUGAAGUUGCGCAGGUCACUGGAAUUGAGCCGGUCAACGCUGAAGAAGAUCAUCCUCUGGAAGGUUGCCUAGCCAUGGUUGUCGCGAAGGUUGCUUCGAAAGCUGCUUCCCCAGCAAAGUCUGAUCAGCGGGUAGCUAUCUCCCCAGCGAAGGCUGCUGAUCAACAAGUCUCACGGUCGAUCACAGAAUCAUCCGCGGCCAGCAAGGGCAGGGAAUCAUCGCCGAUGGCUUCAAUUGCAGAGCAUCAACCCCGAGCGAGCCAAACCCUCGCUGUGCAUCAAAUUGAUGCUACCGGCGGUGAUCCGCAGGCAUCAGCUGCUACCGAUGCAAUGGAGUAUUUCCGACUAUGACGAUAAUUAUCUGGUUUAAAACGUUUUUUUAUGGUUUCCUUUCGCGCGUUCAUUGGACAAGAAAUUGAUCGAUGUUGUUCAAAGAAGAAAAAGAAACUCUGGGAUGUGAUGAUGUGAAUAUAUGACGUGAAGACGGAUUAUGAAAAGUUGAAAUGUAUAUCUAUUGCAGAGGAGCAAUUAUUGGCAGAAUAAAGAUGAAGAAGUUGCCUCGGGAGACAAAUCACAAUGACCAAAAUAUUCUUUUGUUCAUCGUUUGUUGAGAUCCGGGUAGAUUGACAAUAAAAACUGAUCCAUUGAAAGAUUCCACUUAAUCCAUUUGUAAAGAUAAUCAUGGUAUACAAAUUUUCAAGUAGAUUGUAG